AUGCCUAGACAUGAUAGAACAUGCUGUUUGACGUGGUCAACCGCUUUACGAUGUUUGUCCGGCCGACGGAGCGUACAUGGAUCAGAACAGUCCGAAGAACCCCUGGAGAACCAUACAGCCGGCGACAGCUAUGCAAUGCGGCUACAGUCGCAGGCCCAUCUGGUGAUGAUAGGAGUCGAAGCUUCUGGACAGAUAUACAAAGUGGACGACGACAUUGUGCUGAAGACCGGACGCAUAUUCGAGCCGCCGACAGCCAACGCAUCGUCGCAGGACCGCUGGUUCUACGCCUCAGAAACCAUCUUCCAAUCCAACCUGAUGAAGAACGAGAAAUUCGUCAUGCGACUGCUCCACCAGCAUCCGCACCCUAACCUCGUCGAGGUCAUUGACGCAGGCCACCCAGAGGGGAUCUAUCUACGCAACUACCGACGCAUGUGGGAGCUGGACGGCGCUGCGCCGGCGAGCCGCCUGCAGUGGUACCGCGAUAUCACCGAUGCUCUAGCGCAUCUUCACAAGCUCGGCAUCGCGCAUGCAGACCUACGCAUGGAGAACAUGGUGUUUGACGCUCGGGGCUGCGCGAUUCUCUGCGAAUUCAGUGCUUCGACUCCAUUCGGCGAGCCGAACCACGUCUUCCCUGAUCAACCGGUUCCGAUCAAUGGUGUCGCGCCGACCAUCUCCGAUGCGACGGAUCGGUUUGCUAUGGGCUCACUGAUCUUCCAGAUGGAACACGGGGUCAAGCCGGGAUUUGUGGUCGGGGUCGGCGGGAGUUUGAUUCUUCCGGAGGUGCGGACGGGCCAUCCAGAACUUGACAGUGUGAUCCGGAAGGCGUGGUUGGGGCAGUAUAGCAAUACUGGAGAGAUGCUGGAGCAGAUCGAGUCGCUCAAGUGUGGCGGUCGACAGUCGUGGGAUCUACAUCGCAAAGAGCCCUCGCGAGAGCUGCUGGAUGAACGAGUCCUCCGGUGGAGAGAAUGCAGGAUGAAGCAAUUCGGCAGUAUGGAUGGAAUAAAGAUGAGGGACUGCGAUUUGCCAAGUACCGAGAUCAUCUCACAGGAGGUCUCGAAUUGUGAUGGUGGUGAUGGUCAUGGUCAUGGUGUUGAUAUGACCGCAUCGGUGCCAUUAGAUGGUAGUUUCUGGGGGUUCAAUCGACCUACAACACUAUAUCUCUGUAUCUCCCUGAACGCUGCCGAACCCACCAUGACUGCACUCUUCACUGUCCCAAUCACCUCCACCGGAGGCAGUAUAGCCUGCUCCAAUCCCUCCGAGGAAAAGAACAUCUAUCUCCUCACCUUCACCUCCCCCAAGGACAACCGGCUCACUCCGAACUUCAUCGAGGCUUUCCUCCUCUCCCUGGACAUCAUCGAGCACCGCUACCCGAAGGGCGUGGUGAUCACCACCAGCGGCAUUCCCAAGUUCUACAGCAACGGACUGGACCUCGAGCUCGCAACCACCACCGAGGGCUUCCUCGAACGAUGGCUGUGGAAGCUCUUCCGCCGCUUACUGACAUACCCCAUGCCCACCAUCUGCCUGCUGAACGGCCACGCCUUCGCUGGCGGCCUCAUGCUGGCCAUGUACCACGACUACCGCAUCCAGAACCCGUCCAAGGGCUUCCUGUGCAUCAACGAGCUCGAGUUCGGCGUGCCGCUGCAGGCGCCCAUGAUGAGCGUCUUCCGCGAGAAGCUCACCCCGUCCGCCUUUCGGGACCUGAUCCUCGAGGCGCGGCGCUUCGGCGGCGCGGACUCGGUCAAGGCCGGGCUGGUCGACGCCGUGGGUGGCUUGGAUGAGGCCCUGGCGAUGAUCCGACAGCGCGGACUGACCAAGAAGCCUGCUACCGGCAUCUACGGCACCAUGAAGGAGGAGAUGUAUCGCCAUUCGCUGGAUAUCUUGGACGGCCAUGCAGAGAAUCUCAUGUGGAGAGAGCGUAUUGAGGAGAGGAAGGAGCAGGCGGCAGAUUUGGGGGAGAAUGCGGUUGCGGCGUGGGAGAGACAGCGUAAUGCGAAGCUUUGA